UGGACGUUCUGUGUGGUGCAUUGUCCUUCCACCAUGGUGAAUGUUCUUUGUUCCUAUUCACUCUUUCCAUCUCCUUCGCCCUCGUGGCUUUGUCAUGCCUUGCUCUAUUGUUCUUCACCGUCAACUCUUCACUCUCUUGUACUUCACUGCAAGUCUUUGUGCCAAUUAUAGCCCCCCAAACAAUCCAUUAUUCACUUUGUCUCGAGAAUGUAUAUAUGCAGAGUCCAUGUCGCUCGUCCAGUCUCCUUUUCUCACGCCACGUCAACCUUCCCUCACCAUGUCGUCGCAAAGGGUGUGGAGGCACCCUGGCAACAAUCCGCCCACGACAAUCUUCGAUGCCUUCAGCGCAAUGCAGACGUACAAGUCGCACGCCAGCUACUCUCCACUCAACGCACAAGACAGGGACAAGCACGGCGAUCGAUUCCACAUCCUCGCCCUCGCCAUCACCGAGUCUCAGCGUGGCUGGCCCGGCCUCCCGCGCAUGCCCGACCUCAUCGCUUGCAGCAAAUACUGCAUCUACAGAUUCCGCUCGCAGCUCAGGGCCUACCUGUCCCACGGCGAGUACCAAGACUGGGUAAGGGCAAGCCGAACGAGCGACGAUGACAAGGCUGACGUGAUCGACUAUGCUCGUUCGUAUGCUGUGCAGGAGAAGGGGCGCGAGGUGCUUGAUGCGCUCGGGUCGGCGUACCCUGACAAAGGUGCGGAUGGUGAGUGGGGGCCACAGCGUCUCGGGUCGAUCGCUGCGUCGCGCUCAGGCUCAACCUCAGAGUCGAGGCGAGGCUCGUCUCGUCGUUCCUCGAGCUUCAGCUCUCUGUUCGGAUGAGGCAGUUCGAUGGGGCGUUGCCAUCUUGUCGUUCAUCACGCUUCAAUGGUCACAUGCUUCAUAUGUUUUGUCU